AUGUUCUUCAAGCUCUCCUCGCCUCUAACUCUCGUUCUCGGUGAGACUCUAGCCUCUACCCUUCCCUUCAAGUUUUACACUAACUCCAAUCUUUCUUUCAUCCCAUCGCUCAUGUUCCAUGCAGCCGCCCUCUCAACAACGCUCAUCGUCCCCUCUCACGCCCAAAUCCCCGCAGGCACCACAGCUCUCGCAGAGUGGUUCACGAAUCUCAUCCCCUCCGUCAUCCCCAACACGACGACGAACUGGAUCCCGCCAUUCGAAGAUGGCACCUUCGCUGAGGACAUUGUGGUGCAUUUUAAUGGGAGGGUUAUUGAAGGGAGGGAGAACAUGAAGACGUAUUGGACGGGUUUGAGCGCUAACAUCGUCGCACGCGUUGACGCGUACGUUAUCGAGCCGACUCAAACCGUCGCAUUCACGACCGACGUUGAAGGUCGCGAAGGCUGGGUAGUCGCCACCGGCAAAACAUGGCUCCAAACCAAACAAGGGGAGGUCUACACCGAUGGAGGGGCGUCAGCUUGGGUCGUGGUCAAGUGGGAUCAAGUCUUGGAGAAGAGGGUGGUGAAGGAGUGGAGGGAGGUUAAUACGCCUCCGAAUUUCCCUAAUUAUCCGUGGAGUUAG